AUGUCUUGUAAACGGGAAAUCAAGCUCCAGGCCUCUCCCGGGGAAUUCGAAAGGGCCAAGCAAAUCGGCAUCCAUGUUGAUGAAAAUAACAAAAUGGAGUUGAGUGAAGACGGUGAACUAUUUGUAACCAGUCUCAAGAAUAUGUUAGAUACGCAAUUUGAACAUUUUGGUCAACAAAAUGACCAUCUCCUAGGAAUGUGGGCUGGGCCUGAGCACUGGCGAAAAAAGGCAAAACGCCCCAAACUGGCACCUGCCGGGCCAUCAGGUCCGGGAGUGGACGAGGAAUUUGCUCCUGGUGGGUACACGUCUUUAUUUCAUUUUCAAUGGUCAUCUUACUAA